AUGUAGUCUACGGACGGUGUAAACUGUCACACAAAACAGGUGAAAAUACGAUACGUGCGUUAACCUGCCCAUCUCUGGAGGAGUGUUGUAGCCUUAACGCAUUCGGUGUUGUCUGCAAGGGCACGAUCCUGUCUUGGUUUCCUAGUCCAGAGCACAGAUCUAGAUCUCAUCUGACUGAGGAGACAAUCCCUCCACCAGCACCAUGCCCAUUAUCAGCAAUGCCAACCGGGACUUCAGCAACCUCUCUGUCAGCACAGACGACAGCAGCCUCGACCGCUUCUUCACCGAGAUUCCAGAGACCGAGAGCGUCAAAGGGGUCUACUACAAGCGGGCCCAGUUCCUCCGGGAGCCUGAGGCCCUUGGCAAAGUGGACCACGAGCAGCUGGCCCUGAUCAACGUGGGGGGUGACCGCUACGCUUUCCCCUGGAGCACACUGGACGAGUUCCCGCUGACGCGGCUGGGCCAGCUGCGCUUCUGCCGCAGCCGCAGCGACAUCUGCCGCCUGUGCGACGACUAUGACGAGGCGCAGCGCGAGUACUUCUUCGACCGCAGCUCGGCGGCGUUCCGCAUCAUCCUCAACUUCCUGGCGGCGGGGCGCCUGCGACUGCUCCGCGAGGCGUGCGUCACGUCGCUCUGGGACGAGCUCAACUACUGGGGAGUGGACCCGUGCAACAUGGAACGCUGCUGCCGCCGCCGCAUGAUGACCCACGUGGAGGAGACGGCCGAGCGCAGGCGCCACGACGAGGAACUGCAGCAGCGCCGACUGGCCCUGUUGCAGCGCCCCCUAGAGGAAAAGGGCUGCCGCAGGGUGAUGUCCAUGCUGCGGGACAUGGUGGAGAACCCAGAGUCGGGCUGGCUGGGCAAGGCCUUUGCUGUCUUCUCCGUGGUGAUGAUCACUGUGACCGUCAUCAGCCUGUGCAUCAGCACCAUGCCUGACCUCAGAGAGGAGGAGAGGAGGGGUGAGUGCUCUCAGAAAUGUCAGCACAUGUUUAUAAUAGAGACCAUCUGUGUGGUCUGGUUCUCGCUCGAGUUUGUGCUCCGCUUCGUCCAAGCACGCAGCAAGCUGGCCUUUGCCCGCGGGCCGCUUAACAUCAUCGACGUUGUGGCCAUCCUCCCGUACUACAUCUCUCUGAUUGUGGACGAGAGAGACAAGGCGGAGGACGAGGUGGUCAGCGGCGGGGGCGGCCGUGGCUACCUGGACAAGCUGAGCCUCAUCCUGCGCGUGCUGCGCGCGCUGCGCAUCCUCUACGUGAUGCGGCUGGCGCGCCACUCGCUGGGCCUGCAGACGCUGGGCCUGACCAUGCAGCGGAGCACGCGGGAGUUCGGCCUGCUGCUGUGCUUCCUGUGCGUGGCCGUGACACUUUUCUCGCCGCUCGUGCACCUGGCCGAGAGCGAGCUGGGCUCGGCGCCCACCACAUCCACGGCGGGCAUGGGCGCCCAGAGCUUCACCAGCAUCCCCGCCACCUACUGGUGGGCCAUCAUCUCCAUGACGACGGUGGGCUACGGCGACAUGGUGCCCAACAGCAUCCCUGGCCAGCUAGUGGCGUUCAGCAGCAUUGUCAGCGGCAUCCUCAUCAUGGCCUUCCCCGCCACCUCCAUCUUCCACCGUUUCUCCCGCUCCUACCAGGAGCUCAAGCAGGAGCACGAGCUCAUGUACAAGGCCGAGCUGAAGGAGGAGCGCAUCGCCAACCUGGCGGCCCUAGCCUCCGAAGACGCGCUGAGAGCGGGCGGGAGGCCUCUUCUGUUCCCGGAGCGGGUGUGUGAAGACAAUGCUGUGAAGAACUGGGACAGUGGGAAGGCCUCACAUGAGUAUCAGCCACUUACACCAAGCUCCGGAAAUUGUUAUUCUUACUUUUAAUAUACUCUGCCGUGUCUGUCACAUUGUCGCAAAUUGUCCAUUCUUACUUCCAAUGCAUGAUUGCUCUCCAACACUGAUUGGUGGAAAGUAGUUUAAAAUUGGUCUGUUUUUUGUUUUUAUUGCUAUUUCAGAAUAAUACACUUUGCAUGUUUUAUUGCUUGUGUGUUUAAGAAUAUAUUUUCUGAAUACAAUGUAAUAUAAUAUUCUGAAUAUAAUGAUGUCAUAUUAUAUAAAAUUCAAUUAACUGUGGAGGUGCGAUGAGCACAAUCAAAACAGGUAAAAAGCUUGAGGGUAUUUUUUAGCUUGUGGACAUUUCUUCCCUAGUUAAGUAAGCACAGUGUUUUCAGAGAUUGCAUCAUCACUGAUUUAAACUGUUACAUAAAGACAACUGUGCUAUUUUGAACAUUUUAGCGCUGAAUGAAAAAUUGUGGUUAUGAAAAAACAAUUUAACCUUCAGACAAUUUUAGAGUAGUGUGGAAAAGCUGAAAUGUAUUAUAUUGAUACAGGUCUCUCUCCACUUCGCAUGUCAGACUGUGUCAUAGCAACAUGGAAAGAUGCAGAGCCUUUAAGGUGCUUUUCCUCUCAAGGGCCUGCUCUAUGGUAACUGAACGUGAAGCAGAGAAGGUCUCAGGUGUAUCUGCACAGGAGCUUGUUUUUGAAUUUUUGUUUUCUAAAUAAAUGUUUAGUGGGACACUUCUGUGAAA